AUGGCUCUGAAUCAUGUAGUUGUAGGUGGAGGUACAGGUUUUAUCGGAACUCAUAUAAUAAAAUCACUGUCUCGUAAAGGUGUUUCGUGCACAUGUAUUUCACGAAUGCCUGGACCUAAUCGCAUAUCAUGGGUAAGGUAAAGACCGGAAAAUACAACAGCUGUGAUUAAUGUUGCUGGUCAAAAUGUGCUUGAUCCUAAGCAACGGUGGUCAGAAGGAUUUAAACAAAAUGUAGUAAAUAGUCGGGUGAGAACAACAGAAUCUUUAGCUAAAGCAAUAGUGAAUACAAAAGCAAAUGUUUUUGUAACAAUUUCUGGAGUAGCUUAUUAUAAACCCAAUGCUAAUAUUGAAUACACAGAAGAAAGCAAGUGUGAGAAAUACGAUUUUUUAUCAGAACUUUGUCACAAAUGGGAAGCAGCUGCGCAACUUCCAAAAGAUAAUCUCAUUAGACAAGUUACAAUCAGAUCAGGUGUUGUGUUAGGAAAAAAUGGUGGUAUGAUUAAACAGAUAUAUUUGCCAUUUUUGAUGGGUUUGGGUGGCCCAAUUGGUAAAGGAAAUCAGUAUAUGCCUUGGAUACACGUAACAGAUUUAGUUGAUAUGUUUCUGUUCUCACUUAGAAAUAAUAAUGUACAUGGCAUAUUGAAUGGGGUUGCUCCACAGAUUGUGACAAACAAGGAAUUUACAAAGGUAUUUGCAUUGACAAUGCGGAGACCUGCUUUUAUUCCAGUUCCAUCCAUUGUUCUGAAUAUCUUGUUUAGCAAAGAACGUGCAAAAAUUAUGCUGGAGGGACAAAAAGUUAUACCUAAACGUGUCAGAGAAUUAGGGUUUCAGUACCAAUAUCCCAAUGUAAAUUCCGCGUGCGCAGAAAUACUUGGUAGAAGUGUGUAA